AUGUCUGGAGAAGUAUUUACUGGUGGAGCAACAACUUCACAACAUGUUGAUGCGGAAGAUGAUGAUCAUUUUAAUAAUACAACUUUUAAAUUGAAAAGAACUAGAUCUUUAGGUUUAUUAGAUGAAUUUAUACCGGAAAAAUUAAAAGAACAAGAUCAAUCUAAUGAACAACAACAACAACACCCACAACCAGAAACUAAUAAAUCAACCCCUAACUUAAAUCAACAAUUAAAAAAGGGAUCAAUUCAAAAUAAUACUAAUGACAAUUCUAUUAAUAAGGAUAAUCAAGAUAUAAUAAGUUAUAAUAGUGAUUAUUCAAGUUAUUCUGAUAAUAAUAAUUAUCCUCAACAUAAUAGUAAUCAAUCAACUUCAGUAUCAUCAUCCCCAUCUCCCAUUGCUUCACCUACAACAACUCCAACUUUAAAUUUACAAUCUCCAGAAUUAAUACCUUAUGAUGAUUCAGAUUUAACUGCUGAACCUUCACGUCAUGUUGAUUAUUUAUCUCAUCAAUGGGAUGUAUCUGAUAUAUCAAAAUCUUGGAGAUAUGUUAUUUCUAAAAAAAGAGAUGUUGCAAAUGCUGCAAGAUUAGAAAAUGCAUCUUGGAGAACUUGGGCUCAAAGAAGAUCAAAUUUAAAAACUAUUAGUCCUGAAGUUGUAAAUUGGUCAAAAGAAAGUGAUGUAACUUGGUUAUAUGGUCCAAUAUUAAAAAAUAAUAAUAGAAGUAAUAGUCAAGAUGGUAAUAAUGAUGGAAAUGAUGAAAAUGAUGAUACACAUCCAAUGGAUGAUGAAUCGAUUGCUUCAAGUGCAGUUGCUGGUGAUAUAUCAAUAGCAAGAAAACCAAGACGUAAUGUUAAAAAUAAACCAAAACCUAUAUUAAAGAAAAGAACAGUUGAAGAAUCAAUUAUAAGUCAUUCAAAUUUAUUUAAAUUAGAAUUAGCAACAAGUAUAUAUCAAAAGAAAAAAGAACAACAAAAACAAUUACAUGAACAACAAUUACAACAACAACCACCUGAUGAAUAUUUUAAUUUUGAUGCACUUCUGGAUAAAUUAAAUGCUCAAUAUACAAAUAAACAAUCAACUGAUAAUACAAAUGUUGCAAAAUUACAAACUUUAUUAAAUUCAAAUUCUUCAAGUUUAUCAACAAUAAAACAAGAUGAAAAUACUAAUAGUAAUCAACUCACUAAUAAAAAUGAAAACCCUCAAAAAACAAAUCAAUUAUUUUCCAAACCUGUCCCAGCUGCUAAUAGACAUAUUAGAUUUAAUGAAGAAGUUCAACAAUGUAUAGCAUAUGAUUCUGAUUCUGAUGAAUAUGAAGGAGGUUUUAGUGAUAAUGAUGAUACAGAAGAUGUUUAUGAUGAUUAUCAUGAUCAAAUAAAUAAUAAUUUAUUAAGAAGUCAUCUUUAUGAAGGAGAUAAUGAAGGAAAUGAUAAUAAUGAAGAAGAAGAAGAUGACGACGAUGAUGAAGAGGAAGAAGAAGAAGAUGAAGAAGGAGGAUUUUUUUUAAAAGUAAAAUCAAUGUCAAAUAUUCCAUUAAAAAUGGGAAAUCAUCAAUCACAACAAUCACAAUCAUUAAAAGAUUUAAAUUCUUCAGAUAAUGAAUCAAUAUCAAGUAAUAAAAGUUUUAGUUCUAUAAAAUUAUUACCACCAACAUCAUUAAAUUAUGGAUCAGAUGAAGAUUCAAGUGAUGAAGAUAAUCCAUAUACUUCAUCAUUAUCACAUAAUGUUAAUAAUGAUAUAAGUAGAGGUUAUGAUUAUUAUUAUGAUUAUAAUACUGUAUAUACAUGUGAUCCAAAUCAUUCAUUAUAUCAAACUCCUGAUGUUGUUGAUUUACCAGAAAAUUUAAAUUUAGGAUCAAAUUUUGAUUAUGAUACACUUGAAAAUACAAUUGAACAUAAUGAAAAUUUUGAAGAUAAUAAUUAUAAAAAUAGUCCUAUUAUAUCACCAAAUAUAGAUCAAAAUUCAUCAACUUCAAAACAAUCACCUUUUCAAUUCAAUGAUUCUGAAUCUGAAUCUGAUGAUGAACAAGAGGAAGGAUUAAGCAUAUCAUCAACUAAUUCCAAUCACAAACCAGGUUCAAUCCCAAAACAAACUACAAGUUCAAAUACAUUAUCACAACAAUUUAGUGGUGGUAUUUCAAAAGAAUUAAGUGCUCAAGAUAAAUCAUUAAGUAAAACAUUUUUAAAUACAAAUACAAAUAAUAAAUCAUCAGUAUCUCCACCACAAACAACUUCAGAAAAUGUUUUUAGUUCAUCACCUCAAUCAGAAUCAACUCAAUCAAUACCACCAAAACCAAAAGGAAAUACUUUUCUAUUUGAUGAAGAUUCGGAUUCUGAUGAAGAUUAA